UCGUCCCGCUUCCACCUCCCUCACAAGCUUCUUCCGCGUUCAGACUUUUGUCUUCUUUAUCAUGGCUCUUACAGCGGACUACAAGGGGAAGGAAAAAGCUGGCACACUUGUAGAAGACCUCGCAGCCAAGCAAAUUGAGCCGGAAGGCCUCCAAAGGGCUUCCAUCUCGGACAGUUCAGAGUCUGGCUCUGAUUCUGAUUCUGACUCGGAUUCGGAAUCUGAAGACUCGGAUGAUAUAGACAGUGACAAUGCGGAGUCAGAUGAUGAAGAGCUCUCUCAAGAAUUUCUGGAGUCGUUGCUGGACAAAGCACGGCAGAAUAUGUCUGCGAAAGCGCAGACGGCCUUAAGUUCUGGUGGGGAAGAAGAAGUCAUACAGUUGGGCGGAACGGACGACCUAGUAGAAGACCGUCUACCACUACUUGACCCAGGCAAACUGCCAGCCCCUUACAUAGAGCUGCCUGAUGAUUCUCAAGCCGGCCCGUCAAAAGUUCGCGUCAGGGAUCUUGACACUGAACAAGCGGAGAAGAUUACGGCUUCGAAAAUCCCAGAUGUACCCGCGCCACCUCCCUCCGCUCGACCAGUAGGGCAGCCAUUAACGAAGAAGGAGCAGAAGGCCCUGAGGACCAAAACUGCUGGAAAGAGCUGGUUCGAUCUGCCUGCACCGGCGGAGGCGGACCUGCCUCGCUUGUACCACGAAGUCGAAGCCUUGCGCCUGCGUAAUCAACUGGAUCCCAAGCGAUUCUAUAGGAAAGACGAAGGCGAAGGCAAGGGAAUUAAGGGCUUGCCGAAAUAUUUCGCAAUUGGCACGAUUCUUCCCGACCCAACCCCCUUCGCAUCCAGCAAUCCAGCUAACCUAUCAAAAUCUGCUCGCAAACGGACGUUGGUGGACGAGCUCGUGGACGAUGCGGAAGCCAAGAGCUACGCAAAAAAGAAGUUCAAGGAGCUGCAGACUGCCAGGGGUGCGAAGGGGAAGGCUACUUUGCGAAGAAAGCAGCAGGCGAGGAAGCCGAAGUGGUAGACGAACCAGGGAUCUCGUGCGACAUGAGGUCGGUUACUCAACAAUAACCCGUUCUGCGGCUCGCAUCGAUUGUUGUAUCUACGCCAUCUCUCUUGCUCGCCGCCGUCAUGUCUUCUACUCCUCACUUAGCGCCAACUUCAGGCUCAGUGGACCGGACCACGCCCGCAUCCUCAGCUUCUUUGGGAGCCUGUUUGGAAUCAGAUGAUACGUUUGCUAUAUAUGAUCUGCGCGUCGAAGCUGUCUGCCCCGCCAGUCAACGCAUCUUGUGUGGUGCGAAAGAUGGGGACUACUUCACGCUGGAGGGCGAGAUGAUGUAUCUGCCACCUGGCCAGGGUAUCUCAAUCUAUUCGCUAGGUACAGUCAAU